AGUCGAUGUUGAUCGCUCACACCGAGCGCCACCGGGAUUGGGACGCGAAGCUUCCAGAACUCGCGUUCGCAACCCGAACCACGGUUAACCGAUCUACUGGUUUCACACCCGCGCGCCUUAAUCUUGGCAAAGAGCUGACUUUCCCGCUCGAAAAUAGUUAUUCUGUCGACGAUCCGGGUGCUCCUCGCUCCUAUGGCCAGUUUGCAGGCAAUCUACGACUGAGACUCAGGGACAUCGUUCGUGAUGCCCGGGAGAGCUUGGACGUCGCCCGACUGCAACAGGCUGAGCAGUACAACCGAGGUCACCGGGACGUGCAAUUCCACGUUGGAGACUUGGUGCUGCGCCGGACACACCCACUUAGUAACGCAGCCAGAGGUUUCACGGCAUCCCUGGCUGAUAGGUGGGACGGUCCAUAUAGACAUGCCGCGAGUCAAUCAGGCUGCCAGACGGUCCCCAUCACCACCCCGGCACUGGCGACCCAGACGCUACUACCAGCCCAGGGGACGAGACAACCCGAACAACCACCACCGCCGGGGAUCCAGACGAUCGCACCAGCGGUCUACCGCCUCCUGGGGCACUCUCGACAACCACGGACACCCAGUGGCCUGGUCGUCCAGCCUCGCUUGGCACGACCAGCCGCGCCCUUUGACGGUUGA